CUACACUCCCUGCUGACCAGAGAAAACACAGCGAAAGCGAGAGGGGCUUUAAACUGGACUAAUUCUGUCCACCUUUAUUUGACGGAUAAGGUAGCUGUCUGCGCACUCGCAUAAUAUGAACUAAUCCGGCGGUAGCUCCGGGAAACCGCCGGCCUAACUUGAAAACAGCACAACGUUUGCUAGCUUGUAAUGUCGGCAGUUGGACUUGUUUUCCCCUCUAGACCCCGCUUCCCUUUAGCCUCGGGCUAGCUGGAAAAUCGACAUUAUGCUAAUGAACGAGCAGGUAUAGUUCGCCGAUGCAGAGGGGUGUAACUUCACUGUACAGCGGGUAGUCCGUUUGAAUUUAGCUGCAAUUUAAUCAACGCACCCGUGCCGAUAAGGUUGCUUCACUGCAGGAUACCAGGGCGGCUGGUUUUCUUUUAGUUUGCUAACGCUCGACAGCUAGCCAUCUUGCCUGUGUUUGGGAUUUAAGUAUUAAACCCGUCUAGCAUUUAGCGGUGGAUAUUAACUUCAGUUACAGUCGCUUGUUAAUGUUUUUACUUCCACAAUUGACGUAUCCGUUUAGAACCCAGCCAGUUUGAGACCAGUGCCUUUAAAACACUUUGUUUUACUGUGGAAAACCUGACAGCGUUCCUCUGUGAACGGACAAUAGAGAAGCUGAGACUUGCUCAGGUUUGUUCUAGUGUCGAUAAAAACUACUGAUAACAAAACUGCGUUUUCAUUAUAGAAUCAUAAACUGUAUCCUCUUUUUUGGGGGCAAAUGUUAAUGCUUGUGCGCGUAUAUAAGUGGUGAAAUUGAUUAAUAAGCGGAUAUUUUCGUUAAGCUGUUGAGGACAGUGCUUCCAGGUACCUCACCUCAUUAUGUUUAAACAACAGCUUUAAAUGCUUCAGAAAAUACUAGCAGUUGCCGGUCGUCGUCAGAGUUAAUCAGGUAGACCGAGAGACGCGCAGAGGCGGUUUGAAGAGGAAGGGAGGCUCCUGUCCGUUUCUGGACGUCCGUCUCUCUUGCACUACCUUCAUCACGUCCAUCCACUACAGUCCCCUGCUCCUCCUCGCCUGUCAUGGACCCCCCGAGGACUCGGUCGCGGUCUCGGUCUGGCUUCUAUCAUUUCGGCAUGAACGGCGGUGUAGGGAACAGUGGCGGUGGUAGCAAUGUCGGUACCGGCAGCUUGAUGAGCGCCAGCGGAGGAGGGGUGAGCUACCCGCAGCAGAGCAACUCUGGCUGGGCUCCCCACCACGGUGGCCGUAGCUACUCCGAGAGCCAGCAGCAGCAGCAGCAGCAGCAGCACACACAGGGGAGCUACAUGUCCGCAGGGGCUCAGCGCCACUCUUCGCUCGGAGCUCACAGACACCCCGGGGCCGGAGGAGUGCUACAUUUUCAUCCAGACAGUGUGUGCAAUGACGAUGGGGACAAAAUGGAAGACAGCCCAAGCCCCAAGAGGCAGCGUCUUUCCCAGCAGUCCAUGUUAGAUCUGAGCUCGGCACCUCCCUCCACUCCAUCCUCUCCCAUACGCCCAUGGGAGCUACCUCCCAGUCGCAGACCACACCCCCACUACAUGCCAGAGAGAUGCCACACACCUGUUCGAAACCGUCGCAGCCCUCCAGUGAGACGACAGCGAGGCCGGAGAGAUCGUCUGACUCGCCACCACCACCACCACCCUCACAACAACCACCAUCACUACAACAGCAACAACAACAACCACCACCACCACCACCACCAUCACCCCAACGCCCACCAUCACCCCAAUGCCCACCAUCAUCAUCACCACCACCACCUGCAUUCCCACCAUGGUCCAUCCUCAGCCCACCAGGAUGAAAACUACCGUCAUCCAGCUCCUCCUCAGGGCUUCCCACCUUACAGCCAGCAGCCACCCCGAGGGCCAGUGCCUGACGAGCGCUCAGGAUACCACCCUGCAAACCCUUCCCCCAGGCCCCUCCACCAAUCACCAAAUCUGUCUCCCAGGCUGCUGCACCCUGCAGCCCAUCCACACCCACACCCUCACCCGUCCCAGCAACAAAACAGUGUGGUGCUAGACAUCCAUGAACAGGGUUCCGUUCCUGUAUCAUAUCCUAUGUCUCCUGCGGGGGCGCCACCUGGCUUGCCGCCUCGCUCUGCCCCUCAGCAGAUCCCAGCGUGCUCUGUGGUUUUUAGUGGACAGCACUAUCCCGUCUGCAGCGUCCCUCCUCCUGUCCUUCAAACAUGUUCGGUUCAACACUUACCAAUGCCCUACCCCUUCCCAUCAUUGCUGUCCAGUGACCCAGCCUUCCUGCUCCCCCCUCCUCACCUCCCCCACCCAACACAUCUUUCGCACCACCCACCUCAUUUGCCACAGCCUGGACAGUUUGGACCCUAUCCCACACAGCAGGCACGAUCGCCAUUACAGAGGAUAGAAAAUGAUGUGGAGCUGCUAGGGGAGCAUCUAUCUUUGGGUGCUGGGAUCCACUAUCCACCUGCUACCCACCCAGCCCUUACCCCACACUCUGCACAGCUUCACUUCCUCUCCCAUGACCCCUUACCACAGGAGUUCUUUGGAGUGUCCUAUCCAAACUUCAUUCCUCGACGUCUCCCUGGGCGACGGUAUCGCUCACAACAGCCACUGCCACCUUCGCCUUACCACCCCAGCCUCCUGCCUUACUUCCUUUCAAUGCUGCCAGUCCAGCCCACAGGUCCUGCGAUCAGCCUAGAGCUGGAUGUAGACGAUGGAGAGGUGGAAAACUAUGAGGCCCUCCUGAACCUCGCAGAGCGUCUGGGAGAGGCCAAACUCCGAGGACUGACCAAGGGAGACAUUGAACAGCUUCCCUCCUAUCGGUUCAAUCCAAAUAACCAUCAGUCUGAGCAAACAUUAUGUGUGGUAUGUAUGAGUGAUUUUGAGUCCCGCCAGCUGCUGCGAGUCCUGCCUUGCAGCCACGAGUUCCACGGGAAGUGUGUUGACAAAUGGCUGAGGGCUAACAGAACGUGCCCCAUUUGUCGGGCCGAUGCCUCAGAGGUUCAACGAGACUCAGAGUGACCACAUGAAGGUGCCAGACUCUCCGCUGUCUGUCUGACACAUUCAGUACUGCCUGCUCCGAUUCUCAUGACACACAUGGGUGCUUGUUGUAUACACACACACACCAUUUCUUUCUCUUUGUACAGCACACUCGUCUGUUUACUCUCUUUGAUUUUCUCACUUUGCACAGCUCUUUUACCGUCUGUCAUCUUUCCUUUAAAUUUACAAACACGGGGUCCUCGCAAUUGACCCACCUUACUGCAGUGAUGUGUGUGUGUGUGAGAGAGAGAUUGAGACAGAGAGAGAGAGUGUAUGUUUGUGUGCAUACAUGCACCUGAAAUGUUCAGUAUCGUAUGGUCAGACUCAUGGUGCUGGCUGUGAUGUGUGUGCGUGUGUGUGUUUGGCAGAUUAAUAGGUGUCCUGGAGCAUGCCUGAGUUCCUGUUGUGUAUCACACAACACUAACAACAUCUGAGGUUUUUUUUGUCGUCCUGAGUUUACUAUGUUUAUGCACUGUGUGUGUGUGUGUGUGUGUGUGUGUGUGUGUGUGUGUGUGUGUGUGUGUGUUAUAGACCUUGAUCCUUUUCUUUAGUUUGACACUAAGGGUCCAUGCUGCCACUCAUUUACCUAUUUGUUUGGUUUGUUUCAGCAAAAUUAUUAUUAUUAUUAUUAUUAUUAUUAUUGUUAUUAUUAUCAGUUAUAGGUGAUUGUUUCCUGCCCAGCUGUUACCUCAUCAUUCCGGCUUUGGUUAUCUUUGAUUACAAGCGCUUUACGGCACCACUUUUGAAAUUAAGCACAUUAUAUUAUGCAGUUUUCUUUUUUCCUUAUUUUAUUAGAAACAAUAAGUUUGUUUGUGACUUUGCAAUGGCACAUGUGUUACAUAUUAUACAUAUAUACACUGUAUAAAUCUAUGAAUAUCUGUAUACCAAAUAAAAGGCUUAAUAUUAA